GUUUGAAACUUUUGCCGGUGUGUUUGGACAACAGUGGCGUGACGUGGGACUUCUGUGGCGUGUCGAGAGUCGGUGCGGUGUUCAUUGAGGGUAGCCUGGAGUCGAUGCACCUUCCGCACGCGAGCCCCCCGGCCCCCAGUAUGGCUGACGUGUAUUCCCACAUCCACGAGUACUACAGGCAGAGCCACGGCGAGCUGGUGCAGACUGGGUCGCCGGCGGUGCUGUGCUCUGCGCUGCCUGGACACUGGCGCUCGAACAAGUCCCUGCCAGUGGCUUUCAAAGUGGUGGCUCUGGAUGAUGUGCAGGACGGCACAUUAGUGACAAUCAAGGCAGGGAAUGACGAGAAUGUGAUGGCGGAGCUGAGGAAUUGCACUGCUGUGAUGAAGAACCAAGUGGCCAAGUUCAAUGACUUGAGGUUCGUCGGUCGCAGUGGUCGCGGAAAGUCUUUUUCGCUGACGAUCACCAUCAGCACAUUCCCCAGCCAAGUCGCCACGUACAUCAAAGCCAUCAAAGUUACCGUUGAUGGACCCAGAGAACCCAGAACCAAACAAAAUUACGGCUACGGACAUCCUGGUGCCUUCAGUCCGUUCCUGCUAAACCCUGGAUGGCUAGACGCUGCUUACCUGAACUACGCCUGGGCGGAUUACUUCAGGCCGCCACAGAUGAGGGACUCCACUGCUGCUCUAGUUAAAGGAGCGCCACCGCUAGCGACGCCGCCGGUGCUGCCUGGAGCGGAGCUAUUCCCAUUCCCACCAGCGAUGGCGAAUAUUCCUCCUGGUGGGUUAAUACCUCCACCAGGCGCAUUCCUGCCUACGAAUGGAUUAUUGCCAUUCCCACCGCAUCCAGCUGAGUUGGCACUCAAAGGGAUACCGCCUGAACUAUCACUCAAGAACGGCGUAAACCCGUACGAAGCUUUGAGGCAUUUGCAAAGCAACGUAUCUUCAAUGGACACAUCGAGCGCUCAUUUGUCGCCGACUAGCAGUAGGCAGAGCAGUCCACGUAGCAUGGCGAACGCGAGUCCAGACCGAUCAAAAGCCGAUUCGAAAUCAGAAGUCAAUUCGAUGCACGAAGCGACGAUUUCUGAUGAGUCUGAUGAGGAGCCCAUCGAGGUUGUGAAGUCUGCGUUCCAUCCCACGAGACCAGCUAAUGUGGAAUUACAAGAGAUGAAGCGAGUGCAGGCUGCUGAUUCGACGGUCUCAGACCGGCCGCGGAUAAAGAAUGAACUGAAAGCUCCUUCUACGAGAACCACUCGAGUCCUUUCAACUAGUCCAACGUCAACUAAAAUUAAUAAUGGUGCGAUAUCAGGGCAAAAAACUGUGUGGCGACCAUAUUGACAUUCAAACUUUCUAGUGUUAGUGUGAAAUAAAUUCUUCUACCGUAUCGGUACGGUGUUGUUGAAAUGUGAUAAAACCAUGAGCUUGUAAAUAGUAUAGUUAUAUAAAAAUUACAUUGAUUUAUAACAGAUAUUUAUUAAUAGAGAUAAUAUUUAGGUUAACUUAGCUGAUGUAGUUUAUCUUACGAAUGUCGUAAUUAUUGUAAAUGUUAAUAGAUUAUUGUUAUUUUAUUGCAAAUGUGUUCAAGCUUGUCGAUAUAAAGAUUUUGUAUAGAUGUUUUAUCGAGCAAGUGAUUUCGAAGAUUUGGAAUUACAUAAUUGUAAAGAUCAAUUUUCUUCACAGAUGACUGAUUACUAUUAAACUAGUUUUUAUCUUACGAUACUGAAUAAUAUUGUAAAUAAUGUAAAUGAUAUUUAUUGAUCAGCUGGGAUGUACAUUCAAAGAUUACUGUUAAAUGGCAAUGUAUAAUCAAAUUGUAAAUAU